AUGACGAGUCCUGUAUCCGGCCGGCCGCUGCCUUCGUCCUUCGACGAAAACGAGGAAUUCUACAAUGAAAGCGGUCUUCAGAAGGUCUUGGGCCGCAUGAAGCGCGAGCCUCUCGUGCCUCUCGGAUGCCUUCUCACCGUCGCUGCCUUCACCAACGCCUACCGUGCCAUGCGCAAGGGCGACCACAAUCAAGUCCAGCGCAUGUUCCGGGCACGUGUCAUAGCCCAGGGCUUCACCGUCGCCGCCAUGGUCGCCGGCGGUCUGUAUUUUGGCGCCGAGCGACACAAGGAACGCGAGCACUGGAAGAUGCAAGAGCAAGAAAAGGCCGAUGAAAAGCGCCAGAAGUGGAUUCGAGAGCUCGAGGCUCGUGAUGAUGAAGAGAAGGAGUUGAAGGCUAUGAUGAACAAAAGGCGGGAAAAGAAGAAGGCGGCCGGGGUGGAAGCCGCGCGUGACAACUUCCGCGCCGCUGAGGCCAACAGACUAGGUGAGGUCACGCCUGCACCACAUCAAGAGGUCAACAACGACAGGCCGACCUGGGGGCUCGGGUGGCUCAGCCGGUCGAGAAAUUCCGAGCCCAAGGCUGAGCCCAAGGACGGUGAACCAUCGGAAAACAAGCCAGGUGACAAACCAGGCAAGUAG